GCUGUUCUUCUACACACGUCCUAAAGCUCUUAACUUCUUGGCCUCUCAACUGGAACCGCUGGUUGCAUGAGGAAAGGGGAAAUGUGGAUCGAAUUACGACGCACUGAUGCACUUUAAUGACAUAUGGGACCUAUGGUGAAUUAAGAAUUAAGUUCAUGCAUGAUGGUGUUAUAAACUGUUGAUAUUCGAUGGCGUAAAUCUCUCCAGAAGUCUAUGGCCUACGGUUUUCAUGCCGUUAUAGUUAUAUAUCCAGCAUCAAGUAGCACCAGUAAAGUUUAUUCCCAACGACAUUGUCAAGAUCACAUACGGCAAUGGCGACCGAGAAAAGCCCUUUAUUACCAGGUGGAAGAAAUGCACUUUCGGAAUCGGAUAUCGAAUCAAACGAAAGAUUGGAAAAGUUUUCAAUGGUGCCAUUCAAACAGUUGUUCCGAUUUCACGACAACACUGAUAUAUUGCUGAUGAUACUUGGAACGCUUGGUUCUAUAGCAUACGGAGUCCUCACACCAGCGCAGUAUCUCCUAGUUGGUCCAGUCACCGACGAUUUUGUAGACUUUAUGCAGUGUGUUAGAAGGAAUUGUUCAAACCCGGUAGAUUUGGAGGACACCAUGACGACCAUAGCUUUUUGGUAUAUUGGUUUUGCGUUUGGAAACCUUUUGUUUGCCUGGGCAGGGUUAGGCCUUUGGGGUCUGUCUGCUGAGAGGCAGAUUCACAAAAUGAGACUUGCAAUGUUUCGAAAUAUCAUACACCAGGAUGUCGGUUGGUUUGACACUCAUCCAAGUGGUGAGCUGGGAACUAUACUUACAGAAGAUAUGAAUAAACUCGCCGAUGGCAUUGGCUCAAAAUUUGGUCGAGUGAUCUAUAGUUUUUCAGCGUUCAUAGCUGGAUAUGCGCUGGGAUUUUUCUAUUUAUGGGAACUAACAUUUGUUAUGCUGGCUGUGUUACCAGUGGUGGCGGCCUGUGGCGGGAUACAGGCUAAGAUCAUCGGAGGUUUUGCCGCAAAAGAACUUGCUGCUUAUGCGAAAGCCGGAAAUGUUGCGGAACAAAGUCUUUCCUCGAUCAGAACUGUCGCUGCGUUUGGAGGAGAAGCUCAACAAACAAAACAGUACGAUGCUCACUUGAAUGAAUGCUGUACAUUUGGGGUGAAGAGGGGAUUUGGAGUUGGCAUAGGAUUGGGAGUUUUUCAAGUUGCCUCGCUCGGGAACUAUGCUUUGUCCUUGUGGUAUGGCAUCAAGUUAAUCAGAGAAGGUGAUGCUGAACCAGGCGAUGUUUCAAGUGUGUUUUACAUGGUGUUGGUUGGUUCAGUGAUGUUAGGACAAGCAGCUCCUUGCAUGGAGGCUUUGGCAACAGCUCGUGGGGUGGCGUAUGUCAUCUUUAACAUCAUCGAUAGGAAAUCCUCGAUUAAUGUGUCAUCUUCUACUGGUUUAAGACCGGAUGUUGAUGGCGACGUGGAGUUUCGGAAUAUUGACUUUCUUUAUCCCUCAAGACCCACAGUACAGGUUCUAAAAUAUUUCAAUCUCAAAGUUCCUCGCGGUAAACGUGUCGCUCUUGUUGGUGAAAGCGGUUGUGGAAAGAGCACUGUCGUUAAACUUCUCUCAAGAUUUUAUGAUCCACAAAGAGGAUCGAUCCUCAUUGAUGGCACGAACAUAAAGGACAUAAAUGUCAACCAUCUUCGAAGUCAUAUUGGUAUUGUUAACCAAGAACCAGUUCUAUUUUCAACCACCAUUGCCGAGAACAUUGCAUUCGGUCGUGAAGGAGUCACACAAAACGAAAUUGAAGAAGCUGCCAAAGCCGCAAACGCUCACAACUUCAUUUCACAAUUUCCAAAGGGUUAUGACACGUUGUGUGGUGAACGUGGAACACAAAUGAGCGGAGGUCAAAAGCAAAGAAUAGCCAUAGCAAGAGCUUUGGUAAGAAAUCCCAAGAUCUUAUUGCUGGAUGAAGCCACGUCUGCCUUGGAUUCCGAGAGUGAAGCUGUUGUACAGGAAGCUCUGGAUAGAGCUGGGGAAGGUAGAACGACCAUUGUCAUAGCUCAUCGCUUAUCAACAAUCAAAAACGCGGACAUUAUAGUGGCUGUUAAAGAAGGUCACGUGGCCGAAACUGGAACUCAUGAAGAGUUGAUGGCGAUACCGAAUGGAAUUUAUAAAACACUUGUCAGAUUACAGAAAGUUGUGGAUGACAAAGUUCUUGAAGAUGAUGAUGAUGAUGAUGAUGAAGAUGAUAUUGAGGCUUUUCAACUGGAUGAAGUGGAAAGCGCGUUCAAACUUGGAUCAUCCACUAGGGACAGUGUUUCUGUGUACACUAAGACAAUCUUUACAGAGGAUUCUGAGCCUGUAAAAGCAAUGCCGUUUUUAAAAAUCUUAAAGUACAACUCGCCUGAAUUCUGGUACAUUGUCCUUGGUUGCAUUGGAAGUGCCCUGUACGGGACUUGUCCCUUUGUCUACGGUAUAGCCGUGGGAGGAAUCUUUGAGACAUUUUCUUACGAUCCAAGGAUACCAUCUGAAAAAGAAAAAAUGAAGAAUGAUUCAGUACAUUGGGCUAUGGUUUUCUUCAUAUUGGGGGUAUACUGUGGUAUCGGUUUAUUUUUGCAAAACUGGAUGUUUGCAAAGUCAGGCGAGGCGCUCACACAGCGAUUAAGAAGAUGGUUGUUCUUAUCUCUUCUUAGACAGGAAAUUUCUUAUUUUGACAAACCAAAGAACAGCACGGGAGCUCUGUGUAGCCGGUUAUCCACAGACGUAUCUGCAAUUCAAGGGGCAACUGGUUCGCAGUUAGGUUUUGUUGCGUCAACAUUAGUGUCCGUCGUUGGAGGAGUGACUGUUUCCUUCUUGUACUGUUGGGAGAUAAGCUUGGUGCUGACGGCAUUCACUCCUUUGAUGGUCAUUUCUGGCUUGUUUUAUAUGACCGCAUUGGGCCCUAGUACCCGGGGAACCUUAGAGGAAGACGCGGGAAAGGUUGCAGAGGAGACAUUGUCGAAUAUUCAAACGGUCGUAUUACUAGGACAAGAAGAGAAGUUCUUUGAACGUUAUCGUGCGGCAAUGGCGGAACCUUACAGAAAAGCAAAGAGGAAAGCUCAUUUCGCAGGGCUGGCGACUGGCUUCACUGUGUGUAUUGUAAAUCUUACCUUUUCUGCUGCAUUUCGGUACGGAGCUAAGCUGGUGGUGGAUCGUGAUGUCACUAUGAAAGACAUGAUGACUACGGUUUUCACGUAUCUAUCUGUGGGAUUGAUUGUUGGUCAAACCAGUUCCAUGACACCUGAUUAUUCCAAAGCAAAAUUUGCUGCGCAGAAAGUUUUUUCAUCCAUUGCUUCUGUUCCAUUAAUUGACAAUCAGUCAGACGAAGGUUUGAAGCCCGAGAAAUGCAAGGGUGAAAUUCAGUUGAAAAAUGUUGGUUUCAGAUAUCCCACUCGUCGUAGAAACAAGGUGUUGCGUAAUCUUAAUAUCACCGUGAAGCCUGGUCAGACUGUGGCGUUGGUUGGUACAAGUGGGUCUGGAAAAAGCACCACUGUCUCAUUGGUUGAACGUUUCUAUGACGUUAGCGCAGGGGGUGUGACAAUCGAUGGAAAUGAUGUUAAAGAACUGAACAUCAAGUGGUUACGAAGGCAGAUUGGUAUUGUGUCUCAAGAACCAGUUUUAUUUGACAUGACAAUCAGAGAAAAUAUUGCUUACGGUGAUACCACGAGGGAAGUCAGUAUUAAAGAAAUCGAACAGGCUGCAAGAUCAUCAAAUAUUCAUCAGUUUAUUCAAAGCUUGCCGGAGGGUUAUAACACGAUUGUUGGUGACAGAGGAACUCUGAUAUCAGGUGGACAGAAACAAAGAAUCGCCAUUGCACGAGCUUUGAUUCGUGAUCCUAAAAUACUUCUGCUGGACGAAGCUACCUCGGCCUUGGACACUGAGAGUGAAAAGGUUGUGCAACAGGCUCUGGAUAAUGCCAGCAUUGGGAGAACAACAUUGGUGAUCGCUCACCGUUUGUCGACUAUUCAACAUGCAGACAACAUCAUCGUAAUCAGACGUGGUCGGGCCGUGGAACGAGGGACUCACGAUCAACUUAUAGCUAUGAAAGGAAUUUAUUAUGCUUUACAUAAAGUACAAACUAUGCCCGAGAAAUAGGUAAGCUUUCCCGGAAACAACUGCAAUUUAAAAUGAGAACAAUAGAAAUUUAUUGUUGAUAUAGUUAGCUUGGAUAAUAGAAUUUAUAUGCGCAAUUUUGCCUCGAGUAUGGGAUAUUCCGAAUUCCUGGAUCAUCAUUAACACAUGUAAAUGAGGUCAAGUUCAUAGACAAAAUAUAAUAAGACACA